GCGGAAGCUUUAGAUUGCUUGGGGUAAUUUCUAUGAUAGGGGACGAGAACAAAAUUUUCCUUGAUGACAUGGACGGUAGCAUUGAAUUGGAUUUGUCUCCGUAUUCUGGAGAAAUGGAAUUUGUGCUUGAGGAUACCUUCGUUGUUGUUGACGGAACUUAUUCUGAAAACGAUGAAGAUGAAAUUUUUCUGGUAAAGGAUGUCCGCAGUCCGCCUCAUGAAAAACGGGAAAUCACCAAGGACGAGUUCGGAUAUGAAGGCUACUGGACACCUAAACAUCCAAUAAGAGAUUUGGACGUUAUAAAAUCAUACGAAGCCAAACUGAUGCAGACUCAGUUCGUGAUAUUAUCUAACGUUGAACUGGACAAUCCAAAGACACUACGAAAGUUAUCGAUGCUGUUCAAGAAAUACCAAUCAGAGGCACAGAAAGGGCGCGUGUUUCCAUUUUUUGUGUUCAUAGGAAAUUUUAUUUCAUGGAAGUUCUCGUAUGAAGACCAUAACACUAAAACUUAUAGAGAUUACAUGACCUCUCUUGGAGUUUUAAUCUCUCGAUAUCACGACUUGGCACAAAAUGCAUAUUUUGUGUUUGUGCCAGGAUCAAACGAUCCUAGUUUGGGUCCUGAAUCGCUUCCAAAACCAAAAAUACCCGACAUAUUCACUGACAGACUGAGAGCGAUGGUUUCCAACGCUUCAUUUGUCAGCAAUCCUUGCAGGCUUAAAUAUUUUACCAAAGAAAUCGUUAUAUUUCACGAAGGUGAUCGAAUGUUGCUGCAGACAGUACCUCUACAUAAAACCAAAGAGAUCACCAAAGAGAGUUUGAAAAUGCAGGCAACUGCUGGCAAUGAAAUGUGGAAGUCACAUCUCGAUGACUGCCUUUGCUUUAAUCCUAAACCAUUUGCCACUGGCUGGGGUUACUAUCAACCAAACAUAAAUGAAUACAAGUCAAAAGAACAUGGAGAGGAUUAA